GUAAUUGCAUAUUGCACAACAAAAUGAAAGUAGCACAUGUGUCAGUGCUGUCAGUGUCACUAAUUCAAUGUCUGUCACAAACGUUAUAUCGAAACCUGUAAUAUUUGUAUGACCUAAUAUCUACUGCGUUAGUCUGUUACCAAACCAGACUGCCGCUGCCAUCAUGGCCAAUGACGACCAACGAGAGGAACUGGAAGCGUUAAAAUCAAUUUAUGAAAAGGAAUUCACGGGCAUUUCUAAUGAUCCACCCUGUUUCAUGAUAAAACUGCCAGAUCUUCAACUAAACUAUGCCAUAAGCCUAAAGUUCACAUUGCCAGUACAAUACCCAGAUGUACCGCCUGUUAUAGAGAUUCCUAUGAGAAGCCAAGUAUUAUCCACAGAUAAUCGCAAGCAACUUCUAGAUUUAUUACAAGAAAAGUGUGAAGAAUAUCUUGGUAUGGGGAUGAUUUUCUCUCUAGUGGAUGCUGCACAGCAAUGGAUAAAUGAAAAUGUCUCCUCAGAGACACCUGAUGAACCUAGUGAUAACCAGGACUUGGAUCAGCAAGAUACCAUUGACACAGAAAUGAAAUCCAUUAAACUGGAAGAACCCAAGUUGACUGGAGGAAGAUGGCAGUAUGUGAUAGGACUUGUGGGCAAACCAUCGGCGGGAAAAUCCACCUUCUUUAAUGCAGCAACAACACUUGACUUAGCCAAAACAGGAGCACAUCCAUUUACCACCAUAAAACCCAAUAUUGGAAAGGCUUUCUUUUCAAUACCUUGUCCAUGCAGCAGUCAUAUGAAUAGAUGCAAUGCAGCACAUGGGCAUGAUUUCAGAGGGCACAGGUACUUACCAGUCCUAUUAAAAGAUGUAGCUGGGUUAGUACCAGGUGCUUGGGAGGGCAAGGGAAGGGGUAACAGAUUCCUGAAUGAUUUACUAGAUGCUGAUGUAUUGAUUCACAUCAUUGAUGCCUCUGGUACAACCAAUGAGAAAGGCGAGGAAACAACAGAUUAUGAUCCUGCUAACGAUGUUCACUGGCUGAAAGAGGAACUCCAUCAGUGGAUUUAUCAGAAUGUAUGGAGUAAGUGGGAUAAUAUUAUCAAAAGACCUCAGAAGUUGAUCGACAUGUUUACAGGUUACCAUGCCAACAAGGCAACAAUCUAUGCUGCUCUACAUAAUGCAGGUGUAAGUGAAAGUGAGUUGUCCAAGAUAAAAACUUGGGAUGACAAGGUGCUACAUCAGAUUGUGGACAGUUUCCUUAACAUAAGAUUCCCUAUACUGCUAGUGUUAAACAAGGCUGACAGAGAACCUGCCACAGACAUCAUUACCAGACUUACUACUGAGUUUGAUGAUAGCUACACUAUUCCUGUCAGUUCGGCAAGAGAAUGCUUUCUUCAGAAGAUGGAUAAGGAGGGCUACAUAAAGUAUGACAGAGGAAGUGAUCAUAUUACAACCCUAGAAUGUUCAUCCUCAAUGGUAGCUGACCUUAGAAAGGUGGAAAAUGAUAUUUUCAAGAGGUAUGGCGGUACCAAUGUUCAUAAAGCCCUGUGCCAGGCUAUAAGUUUAAGAGAACCAGUCUAUGCUUUUCCUGUUCACUGUCUUGACACUCUUCAGUCCAUCGGUAAAUCUCAUAUUGAGAAAAGCCAAAUUCUGCAGGACUGUAUCCUGUUAAAGCCGGGCACUACAGUGGAGGAAUUUCACAGUGUGUUGUGCCAUUAUCCUGUCCGACUCAUAUCAGGGGAUUUUGUGAGAGCUGAGACAAUUCUAUCUGAUGGGUCAAAGAAACCACUGAAGAAAGAUGAAGUGAUUAGUAGUUCUAACAAUCUAAUUAAGAUAAUGACAACCAAGAAAAGUUCUUAGAACUUCAUCAUCAUUUGGGUAAGGUAAUGAUUUGUCGUGGGGAUGAUUUCUGGUGCCAAACGAUAUUUAUUAAUAAAUGUUUUAUUUAUUGCUA